ACAAACGCACACGCCAGUAUCUUCGCCAGACUCACAUCCUUCGCUCCGCGGGAACGUGUGGAUGUGACACUUUGAAUUUUUCUCAUUUUUUUCCCCAACUCCUAGUGAUCAAAGGGGGCCGAAUCUGCGACGCCACUGAAUUUUUGGUCUGGACUCUUUCGUUUGGGGUUUCAAUAAGUUAGGUUUGAGUAGGUAUAGUUUUUCCCCUUUUCGCAGAUUUAAUUUUAAGAAGUAAACAAACGAAGAUGGGUGCACAAUUGUCCAAGAGUGGAGUUACCGAGGUUGACCCUGCAGCCGCUAAGGCGAACGGCCAGGAGAAUGGCCACGUGAAAACUAACGGUGAUGUGUCGACCAAGCCCGAGGGCGAGGCAGCAGCAACAGCCGACGGCAACGGAACUGCCGAGAUCACCAAGGAGACGCCGGAGGCUAGCGAUGCCAUUGAGGCGGCGCCUGCCACGGAGGGAGACCCUGCCAAGGUGGAUGGUGAGGCGCCAAAGGAGACCAAGAAGAAGAAGAGGUUCUCCCUGAAGAACUCGUUCAAGUUCAGGGGCUUCUCCCUGAAGAAGACCAAGAAGGGUGGCGAGGACACGGCCGAAGAACCUGCCGCCGCUCCCGAGGAGAAUGGCCACGCUUCUAAGGAAACCAAAGAGGAGGAGCCUGUAGCCACGGAGACCAGUGAGGAGCCAGCAGCAGCACCGGCCCCAGAGGUGGCAGAGGAGUCCAAAGUGGAAGAGCCUGCUCCUGCAGCAGAAGCCACACCCACAGAAGAGACGGCCAAACCCGAGGAGACCCCCGUCCCCGCUGAGGCUGCACCUACCGAGACCACCGAAUCAACAGCGGCUGCCGAGUGACCACACCUCGCCACCACACCUGGACUGUUUGCUUUCUUUAAUUUCUUCCCUCCUUUUUUCUUUUUUUUUUCUUUUUUUUUUCUUUUUUUUUGAAAGAUUGAAAUAUAUGAAAAAUAUAUGAGACUUGUGCCACGUUGUAGAAGUUACAGCAGUACUACAGAGAAGAUGAGCUAACAAAAUGCGUCACCUCUGGCCAAAACAGCCACUCCUUCUCUGCCUGUUGUCCCUUUCCCCAUUUCUUAUCCGGCAGACUCUCCCCGGGCUCGGUGGGGGACACGGAUCGGCCCAAGCACUGCAGGAAAGAUCUGGGUGGUGGGGAAAGUGUUUUCUGAAUGGAUUGGGAAUACAGGAAUACUUUCUGGAGGAAGCACCAUCUAACACUUAAAAGAAGGAAGCAUUCUCUAACACUCCAGUAGCCCUUAAACAUUUUUUUGUUUUUGUAUUAUUUUUUUUUUGUUUGUUUGUUUCCUAUAUCAGCAGCAGUCAUGCAAAUCGACAAAUCGUCGUUCAUAAAUUUAAUGACGGUUAAAGGACAAUGUGAAGCCUCAUAAAAUAGCUUUCUAGUGUUAAAGAUAUACAUUCCUUUUUUUUAACCCUUGAACACGUGAGCAAGAAGUCAGUGCUGGGCAGAGGUGAGACUCGGUGGGUGGGGUUUAGUCUGGUAUUAGGUUUUGACUGGCAUUUACCUCAGCCAAAGCCGUGAUGGCACUCGCAUCCACAUUUCCCAGUAUGACGUAGCGGAGUACGAUACCACUGCUUUUAUCAGCUUUUUUUUGUGUGUGCGUGUGUGCGCGAGCGUGUGUGUGGUAUGUAUGUAUGUAUAUAUUUCUUUUUUUUUGCUAACAUUUUAAAAAUGUCGGUGAUUUUAUUGUAAUAUCAAGGGCAAAUAAAUGUUGGAAGACCUCA